AUGUCAUGGGUGAUUGAAAUGAUUGCCCGGGUUCUCAUCAUUACGGGCGCCGCGCCUUUGUCCAUCAGCACGAAGAAGGAGCCAAACAAGGAGAAGAAGAAGAGGCGAAUCAAAGCCGUGGACUCCAUCCAGUCUCACUACCGCUUUGGGGAAAGCGUCAUGCCAUCAAGCCACAGCGGCAUGUCCAUCCUCUUCGCCAAGCGCAUCGAGGACGGCACGGAGGUCGUCGUGAAGGUCCGCGCGAAAGCCAACUCCUUCUGUGACCGCACAGAAGAGCGCGAGUGGCGCUAUAACACGGAGUUCAUGUUGAACCUCCCCGAGACCGAAGGCAUCGCUAAGCUCUACGAGGUGCUGGAGGAUAAGAAGGGCUACUACGUCAUCAUGGAGAAGGUGGCCGGCCAGGAUCUCUUCGAGACCAUGACGGGCAAAGGUUUGCUGCCCAUUGCUGAGGUGAAGGAGGUCAUGCGACAGCUACUCCAGGCUCUAGCAGAGCUCCACGCUCGCAACUGCAUCCACAAGGACUUGAAGCUGGAGAACAUCAUGUUUGACAGGACGCCGCCAGCGAAUGCCAAGGUCGACUGGGCCAGCUUCAUGGGUGGGGACCAAUCUCCAGUGAAGGUAAAGCUCAUCGACUUCGAUACCGUGGAGACCGUUCAGCCCCAAACCCCCAAGAAGGCGAAGGAUGUCUUGGGAACUGACCAGUACAUCGCCCAGGAGGCCUACGAUGGCAACUACUCGGCCGCAUCGGACAUCUUUGCCGUCGGUGUUAUUGGCUACAGGCUGCUGACGAGCAAGUUCCCAUAUAAGGCUGACAUCUUCGAUGACGAGGCUGGCGACAACUGGGUCGGCUCUCCCAAGAUGAAGGAGAUCCGGCAGAAGCUCUGCAACUAUAAGAUCGACUGGAACCAUCGGAUUUUCAGCAUUGAGCCACAGGCGUGCAACCUGAUCAAGGGAAUGCUGGCGACGAACGAGACGGCAAGACCCACUGCAAAGGACGCUCUGUCGCAUCCUUGGCUCAACGAGACGCAGCGCCGCCGAUCUCUGCCGAAUCUUGGAGAUUCGCCCAUGAAACCAUCGCCGUCCUUGCCGAACGAAGUGUCGGUGACGCGAAUGGCAUCGGAUGCUUAA